UUAUUUUCUUUCUCAAAGCCCUCUCUUUCUCUCUCCAUCGAACCUACGAGAUUUGUCUCUGUAGAUCCACGAACUAGGGUUUGUUGAUAUCAAGUGCUGAGUUUCGCGGCCGAAUUUGGUGGAAAUUUUAGAUGGUGUAUUGACUUCGACUUUUCCGGUUGUGAUUGUUGAUUUGUUGAACAGAGGUACAGGGCGUUCUGUCUCUCUUAUAAUCACUGUUACUUUGGUUAAGUAUGAAGGCGGAUCAGAACUUGGGGUGCAUCAUCAGUACUGGAUAGAGGUUGAAGGAAUGUCAGACUUGUCUAUUUAUGAGCUUGAAGAUAUUAUCUGGGACGAUUUUGACCGAAGUGGUGAUCAUAUAGUGCCCCACCCUAACAAAGAUGAUGGUGGUGAAGAUAAAAGUGAGGACGCCAUCUGUAAGAAGCCUAGGCGUGAUGUAACAGCGCCUCUUCAAAUAAAAGAAGAAAGCAACCCUGAAACAUUAAAUAAAGAAACACAAAUGAUGGAAAAAGAUUCAUGGGGUGUUUUUGCUGCUUCUGGUGAUGCUGACUCAGCAAAAGACAUGUCUACUAUACAAUCUGGUGAUGCUAAAAUAAGUAGCAACAUUACAUCUGGCAGUGAGUUAUGUACAGAUGAUGGAAUCCUUAAAGAUAACUCUGCUGCUGUUGGUGAUAAUAACUCCUACAAUUACCCUCCAAGUCAUAAUAAGUUAACAACAUUACAACCAGAUCUUAACUUAUUCUCAAAUGAUGGUGAUGAUAAAGAAUCAAGUGAUCUUUUAUAUUAUGGUUGGCCUGAUAUCGGAAACUUUGAUGACAUGGACAGGAUGUUAAGCAAUUGUGAUUCGUCAUUUGGACUUGGUGUCACGGGGAAUGACGAUGAAUUGGUGUGGUUUACAUCUGAAGAUCCAGCUGGAGGAUAUGAAGAACCAAUGAAAAUGGAGCUUAAGUUUCCAUGUACAGAAACAAAUACACCACCACAGAAUAACGGAUCUCAAGAAUCUGAUAAUAAAAGAUCAAGAAUCGUGUCUGAAAGCAAAGAUGAGUUUAAACCAAAAGAUAAUAAAGGGUACAUGCAGAACACCACUUAUCUGCAUGAUCCAUCUGGCCCAAUGAUGAGUUGUACCAAAUUUGAAAAUAAGGGCCCCACGUGUUCUUCCCAAAAGGAAACUUCCAAUGAAUCAAUGGUAAGUUAUGGCGACCCUUUAUUUCAAGGGACUGGUUCUGAAAAUUAUGGGGGAUUUGAGCCUUCAUUUGGUGGAAAUGGAAAACAAAUGGACAUGAUGAUGAUUCAGGCUUCAGGAAGUGACCUAAUUCCAUCUCAAAAGAAGAUUGAAAGCCAAAAUGAUAUUCGGGAAUUGAAGAAAGGAUCUUCAGUUGGAUUAGGUUCAUUAGAUGUUCCAGAAGGUUCUUCAAUUAGUACUGAAUUGGAUGAAAUCUCACUAGAAGCAACAAGUUUCAGACAGCUCCAACAAGUUAUGGAACAGUUGGAUUUGAGGACUAAAUUAUGCAUAAGGGAUAGUCUGUACCGGUUAGCUAGAAGUGCAGAACAAAGACAUAAUAACCAUGCAGGCAUAAGUGGGCCCCUAUUGACCGAUGGAACUAACAAUGGCUUUAUGGACAUGGAAACAGACACAAAUCCUAUUGAUCGGACAAUAGCGCAUUUGUUGUUUCAUAGGCCUUCAGAGUCAUUCAACAUGCCUACAACUUCACCUCUCAAACCAAAUGCAAAGGAAAGGAGAAAUGAAUCAGAUGACAAGGUUUCAAGCAGUCGAAAAAACUAACAUGUUGUUAGGUAGGCAUGGUAGAUUUGAAAGCAAGUUUUAAUGAUGUGCAAAUAUAAUAUAUAAUAUGUUAUAUAAAAUCGUCCAAUAGAGUCGGAUAUGGACUCAUACACCUGUUCAAUUGGUGUCCAUCUUUUGUAUCAUCUUGUUCGUUUGACCAUUGAUUCUCAUCAUGGUGGCCCAAUUUUGACCUAGAAUUCAUCUGUGUAUAUGUUCGUUGAUAUAUAUUGUUGUUUUGGAUGCA